AUGGUAAACGAAUCUGGUAGUAAUCUUGCUAGCUCCAUUCCUAGUGCUACUCAAACUGCUAGGGAGUUCAUGUCACCUCCUAUUUGUGAUAGUUUGUUUUUAGCUCCAGUGACUGCAAAUGAAAUUGAAGUAGAAAUAGCCAAACUUAAUGCUAGUAAAGCUGUGGGUCCUUUCAGCAUUCCUAUUGAUAUUCUUAAGAUUCUUAUUGAGGGAGAACUGGAGCGUGAGCUGAAAUUUUUAUAUCGCAAUGUUGAAUCUUUUGUGCUCUUCGUUGGACAUCCAAGAAGCGGUCAUAGUUUGGUGGCUGCCAUUUUAGAUUCCCAUUCAGAAAUAAUCAUUUCGGAUGAGUUUAAUCUGCUUUAUAAGUUUGACAGUUUCUUUAAAAAUCCUAGCCAAACAGACGAUGAGCGCAAGCUGAGGAUAUUCUAUGACUUACAUACUCGCUCGCGCCGACAGGCCAUGUUUGGUAGUCGUUCGUCAAUUUGCGACAGCUCCGUAUCCUACUGCUACAACAUUAAAGGAGGCUGGCAAGGUUCUUGCAAAAGUAAACUUAAGGUAAUUGGAGACAAAAAAGCAUCUGAAACUACCGCACUUUUGCAUCACGAAAAAGGGCUUCACGAUUUGCGAAAACUGGAGAAAGUGGUGGGAAUUCCAAUCAAACUGAUUAACGUCAUCAGAAAUCCAUUUGAUAACAUUGCUACUAUAUGUAGAAUGAGACUACGUGUGAACCCUAGAAGUCAUCAAAUAGUACGCAACACAACAGCGCUGGAUUUUUGCAUCAAUUCGUACUUCAAGAAAGUACGGACAGUUCAAUAUCUGCGUGACCUGAGUCACUACCAGAUCCUGAAUGUAUACAACCGAGAUUUGAUAGCGAAUCCACGACGCACUUUACAAAUGUUAUGUGACUUUGUUGGUGUUUCUUGUUACAGUGAAUUUGUCGAAUUAGCUACAAGAGAUCUCUAUUCCAAAUCAUCUCGGACUAGGUAUCUGGUAGAGUGGAGUAACAAACAGAAAGAGAAAGUCAUGAAAGAAAUCCAGAAAUAUAGCUCUUUGAAGUCUUUAUUUUCGUUUGACAGUGAUUAGUGUUAUCAUCAGACUUUGACGCUCAGACACGGUCUCAGGUAUGUUUG